AUGGAGACUGCAGACAAAUGUCCUCCCAUCAACACAUCAAGACUCAGUCCCGUCAGUCAACGCUUCGGCAAGAUCUGCAUGGCGGUCUCAGAAUGUGGCCAGGUGACUUUAGAAGUGAAAAGCCGAGUGGGAAAGUCAUGCGACAGCAAUCAGUUUGAAAAAACGAAGAAAUUUAUUCGUAUUUCCUCAGAUGGAAUGCAGAUUGAAGUGUAUAAAAGUGUCGAAGGAGCGCCAUCGAUUCACGGAUGUCCAACGUCGUCUCCGUCGGGCCAAGUUUAUACAUAUCCUGACAUGCCAGAACGGCUUUGGAAAAAAUAUCAUAAUGCUUACAAGUUUGUGGAAGUGAUCAAAUCUGUGACACCCAAGGUUACCUUGCUAACAGACAGGGCCCGUUGUAAGCUUAUGGAAAAUUCUCCCAGUCCGAAUUUUCAGGCUUGUUUUCAUAAUGGUGUGACUUUGCUAUUUAGCAAAAUGAAAGUUACUUUAACUGAGAAUGAUGGAAGUAGCCUUUCCUUUCACGAGGACCUGGCCAGUUCUCACGUCAGCCAAGAAACCUUGGCUUUGUUGGAGUACAGUCUACAAUGUCGAGAGCAAUGUUUGAAGAUUGAGAACACUGUCAAUGGUCUACAGUCCAGGAACUCACAUCAAGGCUUAUUCCCAAUCGUCAUUGGAAUGAGCACUCUUCAACAUCGGAACAAUGUUAACAUGGGCACCAACGUCUGCAAACAAGCUGCCGUCGCAGAAAAAUCACCGGAACAAAUAAACAAGAAUGUCAGUGUUUUCCACUACAAUUAUGAAUGCCCACGGCUACAGGGAAAUCUGUAUCCACCCAGUGAUAAAUCUUAUUUUGAUGCAAAUGUGCCAGCGCCUUGUGCAUUUUCCAGUGCCCAGAAUAUCUCUCAGGGUUUGAAUCAUCAGUCUGCCUGGUCUGCAAAAGAAACUCAGGACUGGUUAAUAGGGAACUCAUCUUCAUUUUAUAACUCAAGUAACAGUAUCAGCAGCUGUUCCUGUUCUAUGAAUCACGCUGCGAUAUCAUCACCUUUGAAAUCAACCAUGGCAGAAGGUUUCCAAUCACACAAUUCCAGCAAUAUAUCUACAGAUCCUUCUCUUGAUGUGAAACCAACAUUUCUUGUUAACAGUACAAACUGUGAAGAUCAUUUGCCAUAUUGGCAGAGCAUGCCCGGACAUGAAACAAAUACUGGCUUGAUAAAUAAAUUUCAAGCAGAAUGCAAGAUUGCUGAGAAUUGUAAUGAUUCCCAUUUAUUAUUUGAAAAUGGUUGUAGUGCACAAGACCAAGCCACAUUUUCCCUUUCGUGCCAAACAUGUUUUUGUAACAAUACAGAUUUUCAACCAGGCCAGUUAACAUGUCUUACAAAUAUGCCAGAUUCUCACAUCGGUCUAUUUCAAAAUCCAUUUUCGACUCCACAAAAAUCUCAAAUGUUAUGUGAUUCAUUUCGUUACCCUUGUAGUGGUGAAGAUAUGAAAUGCAGACACAAGACACCGGUUAGUUAUGACUUUAAAGUUCAUGAAAGACAGUUGAGAGAUGUAAAAAGAAAUUUAUUUUCUGAGAAGAUCUCAGAGGAAUCUUUGCCAGUGCCAACAACUUCAUGUAAUAUUUUAAUGCACGGUAUGCUAAACUUUUCUGACUGCAGCUGUAGUACCAACCUGGUAUAUCAGCAUUCAGAAAUACAGAAUUACACUCAGUCAAAUUCGCUUGAUAGUGUACCUCUCCAAAUUGGCAUGGUAUUAGAAAAUUCUUCACAAGUAAUGACACCUCAGUUAACACCAGGAAAGACUUCACGUUUUACUGAAACCGCCAUGAGAUAUUCUCCAGUAUCUCAUAAACCUCCUGCAUACAGUCGCCUAGAAUCCGUGGCACCAACAUCGUGCUCAGAUACAAGUUCUGAGUACAACAGAACACAGUCAAUUGACCUUUCAGUAUCUUUUUCUGAAGAUGCAAGUUCUGCCGAGAAUUCAAACAUAAUCAACGAUCAUUCCACUGCCUUUGAAAGAUCACUUAUCCACAGACAUUUCAAUGGACCAUCUCCAGAAAACAAUAACUCGCCGAAAAAAUCCACCCCACUUAGAAAAAUCGCCAGUUUGUCGCCUCACAAAAUACGCAACAUUCAAAUGAUUUCGGCUGAGGAAUAUGUUGAAAAAAUGCCUGAUGAUUCCUCACUCUUUCAACAUCAAGCCGGUCCGGUAAAGAGCAACAGAAGCAGCUCGAGUGACAGUGAUGAAAGCAGCAUGAGUAAUUACCAAACAAUUAGCUCUGUGAACGAUUUGAGCACAUUAAAUAAACCUGCCUUCAAGUCACAUCCCAGCAUGCCAUUGUAUAAAGACUUUCCGUCCCUUUCACCAUCAUCAGAGAGCUGGAACGGCCAAGACUUGCCUUUAUCACGACACAUGAGGCGUUCUUUAGACGUGUCCAGCGAUGGCUGCAGCAGCGGUCCUCCAUCAUCAACAUGUGAUGUGCUAUGUCAAGUGUUUGUUCCUUACGUAGGCUGGGCUUCACUUUAUGCCACGGGGACAGUUUGGGUUCUCUACAAUGAUGGGACACAGCUUGGGGUGAAAUCUACAGAGGCUACUGUUAUUUAUGUUGGUCAGGAUGGAAGUCGAGCACGGUACAACAAGACGGAUGUCAUUCCUGAGAUUGUAAAGAUCAAGCUGGAGAAAUUACCAAAAGUGAUUGAUCUCAUCAAGAAGAGUCAAGAAACAGGCUUUUCCGGGGUCCAGCUCUGGCAAUCGUGA